AUUAGUUAAUAAUAAUAUUAUGUUCUAUGGAUAAAAAACGUUGUACAAGUGGUGUGGUUUUGGUGUUAAUAUUCUUGAGCUUCUUCUCUAUUGUUACCAAUUCCAAUAUUGAAGAUUCACAUGAUGAAGUGCAUAGCAAGAAAUCGAGUUUGUGGUUAUGGCAAAGAUUGAGAAGUGCUUAUUCUAUCUAUUCAUCGAUUUUUCUUCCUACAAGUGUAAGCCAAUAUUGGAACAUGGUUAAGGGGCUUGUGAAUCACACAUAUGCAUAUUUCUUUCCUCCAAAUAUAGAUUUUAGAAGAGGAGAUGGAGCUGAAGUGGUUGCAGAUGAAAAUGGAGCAUGCGAGAAGGUGAAAGAAGCUAUUGUCAAAAGCAUAGGAACAAGCAAAGCUACUUUGGAAGAUGCUGCAAAAUCAGCAGCAGAUAUAGCAGGGGAAAAAGAACUCUAAUUCUGUUUUGUGUUUUUUUAUUUUUUUUUCUUGGUUGUUUUGUUUUGCAGCUAAAUGAAUAUUUUCUUUGAGAACUAUGAAGUAUUUGUUUGGUGUUAUGUGCAUAUAUGAAAGAAAAAUUAUCAAUACACAUUUGUGCACCUUUUUUA